CCGUCACUGAAGAGUACUUGCGCGUUGUGGAGCUAGCGGAGAAUACCCACAGUACAUUCUUCCACACAAGCUACUGGCAGUUGCCUGUUCUGAUUCUUGAUUAUGUGAAAUCCAGAGGCGAUCGCACCUACCUUUUUGAAAUGGCCGGCCAUCUCCUCAGUUCGUUCUGUCUUCCCUUUCUUUGAGUCGUUCACUCUUUACGAUUCAUCUGUCGCCUUGAGAUUUACUCACGCCUACACCAUUCCAAAGUGAAGCCUGCCAUUGCACAACGAGUGUCGACACCAACAAAUCCUAGACACCCAAUGACUGACCUUGUCACGUGUAUCGUGCAGCACCCGCUCUCAUUGCAUAAGACAGGCCUUCUCGAUAUGCCCAUGGAGAUCUUAGAUCAUAUCGUCCUCUUCUGCGUUGGUACUGAGCCCAUCACCGUCGGUCUAGCCCCAACAGUGAGCUCGUUGACCCGAAGCCUGUUUCCUUUCGUCUCCCGUCGCAAGCGCUACGUAGUAACGAGGUACCCAUACAAUCUACUCCUGAUCAACCGCCUCAUCUCGCGUCUCGCUUUCAAGCACAUCUGGAGCUCGCAGUCGCUCGUCAUCUCUUUGACGCCGUCAGACGCGCUGUGUUUUCUUCUUCACGGACUCGGUCAACAGCAGAGAGGUGCACUCUGUAAGAUCCAGCUGCCCAGGUUCUUGUUAAGCUGGACGAUUCCUGUCAAUUCAGACAUAUGGCUGGUCGCUGGUAAGGAAAAGACUGAGAGCUGGUACGAUGGUGCAAAGGAUCCGAAGAAAGAGCUCAAGGGCGAAAGAUUCCGAGCCUUGACUAGCAUGCUCGGUAAGAGACCCACCUGUUGUUGCCAACCCUGGAAAUUGAAUCUGGGGCUCAUUCAAUCAUGACAGGACAAGUGCUCCUCACACCUACACAAAUGAGUCUCUUGGAACAAUUCGCCAUCGGCUGACUGUCGUUUCGAGUGCUGCUUUGCAUGAAGAUCCGACACAC